GUAAAUCUACAGGACCAGAAAAAAUGAGAGCAAGUUUCAGGAUGUGAUUCAGCAGAAGGAACAAUUUACAUCUAUAUGUCACUCUUUAACUUGUGAGUGGGUAGAAUUUAAGAGUAGCAGUAAUGUGUAAACUGACAUGAUGUUACACCCUCUUGUACAGUAGGUGGCGGUAUGCAGCUUAAAGUUGGUUGCGAUCCGCCAGUAAACUGAGAGAGGAAGAAGAGCUAGUGUCGUCACAGACCCGGUAGUCAUGUUCAUUCAUCCUACCGGUUUCUUCAAGUUACACCGCACAUCGCAUCCCAUGGUAGCACUCUCUUCUGGACGCACGAGAGAUGUUGCUGCUGGUGCUGGGUGCCCUCCUCCUGCUCUUCUGCACUCUGGAUGUAUGGUACUUCCUACGGGGGGCCCAGGUGUUCAUCCAGGCGUGGUUCCAACCCAGAAUAUGGGACUUGCUGGCUGAGCAAAGCAUUGAUGGCAUGGUCCUUCCACAUGAUUUGGACUACAUGGGCCACAUGAACAACUCCCGAUAUCUACGGGAGUGUGACUUUGCCCGCUUCCACCAUUACAUGCGAAACGGGCUGUUCAUAGCCUCGCGCAAACUGGGGGCCAGAAUGGUGGUAGGGGCCUCCACCAUCCGGUACCGGCGCUCCCUGGCCUUCCGUGAGGCUUUUGAGAUUCGGACCAAAAUAGUGGGAUGGGAUGAGAAGGCGUUUUAUGUGGAGCAGCGCUUUGUGUCCAAGAAAGAUGGUUUUGUCUCUGCUGUCAUGCUCUGCAGACAGAAUGUGGUGCACUGCAGCCCGGAGACCAUCAUCGAGUUUGUCUGCAAAAGGAAGAUCGAGUGCCCCGAGCUUCCUGAAGACCUCAAACACUGGAUCAGCUUCAUCUCAGCCAGCAGCCAGGCUCUGAGAGCAGAGAGCGGACUGGAAGAGAAGAACAAGUGAAACCCCACGCCAUGACACCAUGUGUCAUGAGU